AUGGAAGUCUCGGGCUCUGGUGACCCUGGCGACGCGCCCCCGCCCCCGGCGGGCGCCGCGGCCGGCGUUUCCUCCCCGCCCGGCUCCUCGUCGGACCCUCGCCCGGCUUCCCCGCCUCCUGCGUCGCCUGCCUCCUCGCCGCUCCCGUCCUCCCUCGAGGUGUUGCCGCGGAUCCGUUGGGCGGACCUCGCCGAGGAGGACGAACCCCCCUGGCCGACUGCCCUGGCCCCUCCCGUCCCCCCCGCCCCCCCUCCCCCCCGUUCGUGCGUCGCCGACCAGCGUGGCCGCUGGCUCAGCCUCCCAUUGCGGAGGUUCUGCCUCCGGCUCGCAGCGGCGCGCGCAGAACCGGCCAAUGAGCUCUGCUCGUCCGCCUCGGGGCCAAGGCGCAGCCUUGCGGGGCUCGGGAGGCCGCCGACGCUGCUCCUGGGGAGUGGCGGGCCGGUCUGA